GACGUUGACAUUAUUUUGUAAUUAAAAAUUUACAAAAAAAAUAUUAAGACGCUAGUUAAAUCAUGGACUCUAUUCCGUUAUUGUUGGAAAAUGAAAAUGGCGAUAAAAUAUCCACAUUCCUAAACAAUGCUUUUCAAGAAGAAUUACAGAAGGAGCAAUUUCCUUUACAUAUAGCACCGAAUAUUAGAAAGUAUAACGUUGAUGACGAUUUAAGUUACGAAGAUCCUUCUAAAAAUGCCAUACAAAUACAUGAAGACUAUUUGAACGAAUCGGAUAUCCUUACUACAAUAGAGAAGACUAUUAUAAAAGACCAUGCUGAAUUUUUAGUUGCUAAACACAAUACGGAACAAGAUGAAUUUAUAAAAGAAAUGUGUAAACUAAAAUCGUGUGACAUAUUUAAUUUGGAUCAAUUAGACAGGACAGAUGUUAUGAGAUAUGGCCUAAUAGAUAAAAGCGACUUAUAUCCACAUUUGACAAGACAAUUUUUAGAUUUUCGAUUUAAUACGACAUUACACAGAUGUAAAAACUGCUUUUACAGACCAGUUCUAACAAAAUCUAAAAAACCCAAAUUCAUACAGAAAAAUGAUUUACCUAACAACAUAGAAAAUACUUUGACAGAAAUUGAUAGGUCUAAACAGUUUAAAAUAACACCUGAGGUUGUAGUAUUCCACAAUUAUAAAGUCAAUAAAACAUAUGAGCAAUAUUUCAAGAUUACCAAUACUAGUAAUCAUUUGCAAUCGAUCAGUGUUAAGACACUUCCAAAAUUAAAAAUAUUUACUAUUAUGUGUGAUAGUGCUAGAAUUGCACCUGGAAUGUCAUUAAAAGCUAUAAUUAAAUUCAGAACUGACGUAUAUCUACUCGAACGGGAUGAAAUUAUUUUCAAAAACGACAAAGGUCUAAUCCUGAAGUUACCUUUAAUAUGCAAAAUGGACCCUCCCAAAUUAUACUGCGUGAUCAACAGAUCCACCGAUUAUUCUAUUGGGCUUCUUGAAAAGAACGCAUUGCAAAAUAAAUCGUUUUCGGUGAAGAGAAAGAACGCACUCAAUGAAACUAUCGAUUGUGGACCUUGCUUUGUUACUGAUUAUGUCUUAGUCAAUAUAUUCCUGUACAACGGUGGAUAUAAGGCCAAGUUUUUCUUGAUUACAGAAGAAAACUGGUUUUCUAGGAAAAUCGAUGAAGAAUCUAUAUCAAUAGAUGGAAGUAACGGUAUACUUUGGGUUUAUCCAGCAUAUUUUGAAAUUCUGAAUGGCGAAACCACCGAAAUGAAUGUUAUUUUUCAGCCUAUGAAGUGUGGAUUGUUCAGUGAAACACUCUACUUGCUGACUGAUAAGAAUACUUACCAACAAUUGGAAAUAAUUGGUGAUGGAAUAGCUUUCAACAAAAAACUUAUAAGUGUAGAUGUACCAAAUCAUUCAAAAGAUAUAGAAAGUAAACCAGGACAUCGUAUAUUUUUGGGAUAUAUUGAAAAUACUGAUCCAAUAACUAUGACGUUACGUUUAAAAAACAAUAGCGGGCUGCUUUUGAAAUACAAAUUUAAAUGCGUGGAAAAAAAUGACGACAUCGCUUUUGACAUGUCUAACUGGAUACAAACAAAUUAUGAGAAUCAGGUUUUGGCACCUUACGGCACUAGUGAAGUUAUUUUUCAGAUAACUCCUUUAAAAUGUUGCACAGGCGAUUAUUGCAAUACUUCAUUGAGGUUGUUUAUUAAAGACGUACCCAUUACUAGCUUAGAGGAAAAUGAAGAAUUUGUCAUCGAAACUCAAAAUAGGUCGCUGCGGGAAUUAGUUGAACACGUAUUGAAAGUUGAUGUUUUGUGUAUGGAUGUUGAAGUUGCAUGCUUUAUUAAAGAAGAUAAACCGAUUGAAGAUCCAACCAAAGAUAAUCUGUGUGUACAUUGUAAUCUGACAGCCUCGAUGUGUCCUUGUUGUACCGAAGUUGUCCCUGAUUCCGACAUUGUUUUCUCCGACCUUUUGCUGGACUUCAGUGUUUUACCUGUAGGAGUGGACGUUAAAAAAGAUUUUUAUAUAAUGAAUUUGGGUGAAAAACAACUAAACUGGAGAAUAAUUGAGAUACAAUACAAUAUCGACAAACAACCGUAUUUCAAAAUAAUUAAAAGAAAUCAUAUUUCAGAAUAUAGUGGCAUGUUGUUACCAAAAAAGAAAAAAGUUUUAUCCUAUAGCAUAAUUAAAAGACAACCUUUACGCUGGUUUUCGAUACUAGUUCUUUUCUCCUUUGAUGGUACUGAUAAUGCCGAAGAAUUAAGAGACACAAUGACAGCGGAGUGUAUGUGUAUCGUAACCUAUGAGGUGGUCAAAAUGAAUAUAACAGUAAACAGUCCUCAAUCUCAAGAACCAAUACUUUGUCCCCUACAAAUGCUUUACACGGGUGUUCCAGUAGAUGUCGAUUUUGAAUUGCAAAAUAACAGCUUGGUCACGGGAUGCUUUUACUUUUUGAAACCAAUUGGCAGCGACUCGGAAAAAAUUGUUGUGAAAUAUGAACCCCAACGAGGUACUUUAAGACCUGGCAAGUCGAAAAAAAUUACCAUAAAAUUAACUUGCACUGAUAUUGGCAUUUUGGAAAAUAUAUACCUCCCUUAUUACAUUGGACAAGGUCACGAACAUAUGUUUGUAAGACUACUAUGUGUGGUCGAUUGUAUUCGUGUCUUUUUUUAUUUACCUAAUAAAGAAAAUACAGAAUUUAGAAAAAUCUUGUGGUCGCCUAGAGUGUUGUACGAAUAUGACAGAACAUGGAGUCAAUACUGUAUGUGCGAAAAUGUAACUUACGAGGAUGCAAUUAAAAGUGUGCAACUAAAAAAUGAAGAGGAAAAAAUUAAGAAGAGCAAUGAAACAUUACAGGAUUUAAAUGUUUCACGAUUAGCGAGUCGAGAAAAAACGGACGGUGCAGAAUCCUCUAUGGAUGUAAAAACUCCGCUAAAAACACUUGUCGAGGUUGACUCAGAAAUAUUUUUACAAGAAUACACAAUGGAAGUCGUAGAAGUACAAAUAAAAACUCCAACAAAAGUAACUUUCUAUAUCGAGAAUGUAACUCCAGUAAAAGCAAAAUACGUCGUACAAUCUACUACUUAUAAUGUUCCAGUAACUGCUCUCCAGAAUGUAUUGAAAAAUAUUUAUAAAACAACAGAAGAAUUAUGGACCCCAUUGUUAGAAAAAAAUUGUAUAGUUGUACAACCGGCUGCUGAAAAUGGAAUUCUUGAAGCUCAUGAAUUGAUUGCGAUAGAUAUAUGGAUAUAUUCUAAUACAUGGGGAAUAUACACUGAUGAAAUUAUCGUAGAUAUUUCAGAUUUAUCAUUAUUUAGUUUUUCCCUUGUAAUUGAAGUUGUUGGUUGUCCACUACAAGUACCAUUUGGCAUUGGAUCCAUCAACAAGUAUCCUAUCGUAAGAUUUGGCUCAGUUGCAAUGCAUUCUGAUGACAUUAUAAGAAACGUGACUAUUUCAAACAUUUCAUCUGUGGAUGUAGAGGUAUCGUGGCACGUGUUUUUUUGGCCAAAUAAGGAUAUUGAUUCGGACCAGCCCGCAUUUAAUUUCCUUUGUGAUGUUAACAAAUCAAGUGAAAACAUGUUUGAUUUUGAUUUCACUGAGGAAUAUUUUGGGAUUGAAGGGUGCAAAUUUAUAGAGGUUCUUCCAACUAAAAGUCAGGUCUCUAAAAACAGCAAGGAAACAAUAAAUAUUUUAUUUUCGCCAAAAAAUGUCGAAACUGAAGAGAAACAACUUAUUAUCAAAGGAUAUGUCUUUGGUCGAAUAUUUGUUAACAAAGGCGAUAGGUUCAAGUCAAAUUAUUUUUUUAGACAACGUAACUUUAUUAUUGUGGAGAUUUCAGUUAGGUUAUAUAGACCUUAUUUAGACUUUUCCAUAGAAAAUGAUCAUACAAAUUUGCAUAUUUUCGCAAACGAUGUAAUAUUACAGAGGAAAUCAGAUUUCGAAUUCAAAUUUAAAGCAAGGAAUCCUUUAAGUUGUACUGUAGAAGGGCGACUGGAUGUUGGCAAGCCAUUUUGUCCCAAAAAGGACGAAGUUGACUUCGCUUUAGCUCCUGGAGAAUGCAAAAAUAUUAUUAUUCUAUGCAGUGUUACUUACGAGAAUAUUCACACCUGGGCCGAAAAAUUGUACACUAAACCUGUUACACCAAUUGACGCAAUUCAAAACGUGGAUGUCCAUAAUUUCAGACACGAAGUAAUAGAUGACGGACCAUUUCAUUUUGACGAAGACAAUAAGUCUAUUACCAUAGCACAAAAUUUAGUAAUUCGUUAUUCAGAAGAACUGAAUGAAGUAAUUCCCUUACGUAUCAACAUUUAUUAUCCCAGUAUUUCUGUCAUUCCCGUUCAUAUCAAGUUCGGAUAUGUUUUAAAUGGUUGUACUGAAAAAGCUGUUGUAACAUUAUUUAAUAAAUCAGGUAGUAAGGUUCUUUUUGAAGUGUACAAAACAACAGCUACUCAAGAAAUUGUAGUUAAUCCACCUCAUGGAGAAAUAGGACCAAGUAGAGGAGCCAAUUUGAACUUUGUAAACCUUGCUGUAUAUUUUACGCCUACACAAUGUACGAAUUAUCAAGAGUGUAUACGAAUAGUAACAAACAUUCCCCAGCAUUAUAUAGAUAUUCCUAUCAAAGGAUCUGGAUCAUUAAAUGAAAAAUUUGUUACUAAACUGUAACUAUUUAUUAUAUAAUCA